AUGACUGAUCUCAUCAUCGAUGACGUUGCAUUUUCCCGCCUUAGACACAAGGUCAUUAUAAUUACAGGUGGCUCAUCCGGGAUUGGUUUGGCAACAGUUCAACUUCUCCUCGCAAGUGGAUCAAAGGUGGUAAUUGGUGAUCGCAAUCCACCUCCACCAGAGCUAUUGGAUGAUGGCAAUGUGACAUAUUUGCAAAUCGAUGUUACCAACUGGAGAGACCUGGUCGCAUUGUUCAAGAAAGCAAGGGAAAUUUAUGGGUCGAUUGAUCAUGUCUUUGCGAAUGCGGGAAUAUCCAGCAAAACCAGCUUCUUCGACGACGAAACUGAUGAGAAUGGAGAUCCUGUCGAACCCAAUUACCCUACUCUCGACGUAAACCUAACGAGCGUGGUUAACACGGUGAAGCUGGCGAUCUUUUAUUUGAAGCAGCAGAAGGGCGGAGGGAGUAUUGUUCUGACUGCUUCCGCAUCCAGCUUCCAAAGGUUCUCAUCAGUAGACUACACAACUGCAAAGCAUGGCGUCCUUGGUCUAAUGCGCGGCCUCACCCCGCAUCUAUACCCCAAACUCCCCAUCCGCAUCAACGCCAUUGCGCCUAGCUGGACAGAUACCGGAAUCGUUCCACGCUCCCUUUUCGAACUGGUAGGUGUUACCGUUCAGUCUACGCAUGUUGUCGCUCUCUCCGUGGCGCUUCUCAUGAGUAGCGAUGGCGGGAACAGCGUGGAUAUCGUGGAUAGCUCACGCCAUGGACAACUGAUAUACUCUGUUGCCGGAUUAUACAGGGAAAUUGAAGAGGGGAUGUUGGAAGCGGUGGCUGGGUUAUUGUCACCUUUGUCACUUGAUGGGUUAAGUGAAAAUGAGGCUCUUGAGAGAGUUUUGGUGGCUGUUAGAGCGAUGAAGUUGGAAAAGGAUGGGGUGAGUAAUUAG